AUGGCACCAUUGGAGAUAUCAGAAAAUAUUAAGACGAUAUCAGAAAAGCACAGAAUUGUCGAUACAAAAGCUUCCAAUCAACGCCUAGUUAGGGAAAUAGCGCAAGAUUUUAAAACCGAUUUGAAGUUACCAAGUUCAGCGGUAAAGGCAGUGCCAGAAGCUAGUGAGGCGAACUUGGUUGGGCUUUUCGAAGAUGUAUAUAUGCGCCAUUCACGCUAA